UACUCUGUUUAUCUUGUAUUUAGUGGCAGAUCCUGUUAGUGAGAUAUUGCAGUGUUAUAUUGGUAGACUAGCUCAAGUUGUUCUUAAUGAGGAAUCAGUUGAUCUCUUACAUACAGAGGGAUUGAUAUCUAAGGAUACAUUAACAGAAGUGAAGAGUUGCGGUUGUUCAUUGGUAGGAGAUCCAAUGUUACUAAUAUUAAGUGCUGUAGCUGAAGAUCAUAGCAAGUUAUGUACUCUGACAAGCAUUCUAAUAAAAUCAAAGGAAGCAGUGUCUUUAGCUAGUGAUAUAAUAAUGGAAUAUGGAAAGUCAUUUCCUUCAGCAGUAACAGUGAUGCCAUCUUGUCAAGAAGCAAGUACUUCAACAUCUUCAAGAUCUGGAGAAUUACAAGAUAGUAGUAGUGAGACUCAAGUAACUACCAAUACUGAUGCUACUGCACAAGGUGUAGUAGAGGUCAUAGUUCAUCCUGGCUAUGAAGCUGAGUUUGAUAGAAUGGCUACUUUGCGUGGUAAUCUUAUUCACAAUAUUGUUCCUCUCAUCAAACAGCGAUACCAUCCAUUGAUGAUUUGAAGACCUACGUUAGACGAUGUCGCUCUCAUUUAGAAAAUCAAUUGGAUCAAGCAGAAACGUUUGAUGCUGUCAUUCGAGUGAUUGAAAAAGAGUGUUCCAUUCUCAAUGUUUCAGUUUUGGAGGCUAUAGUGAAUAAUUAUUCAAUAAAAGAUGCUGGAGACAUGAUAUUAGCUUAUCAGACACACUUGGAUGAAUUCUGUGAGAACAAAUUAACAAUGUUUUGUGAUCGUCUGCUUAAGAAACUAUCCUCUUCUCUCCUCACUUGUGAGACGAUCAGGUUUGUUCUGGAAUGGAUUCCAAAAGAGCAUUCUCUCUCCGAUAUCAAAGCCCUACUACGCAAAACGUUUCAAGAUAAUCAAGUAGAUGUGGUAACCAUUGAGGAAGGGAACUCCAUCAUUGUUACUUGUUACGCUCCUCAUUAUCUGAUGGAGAGUUUACUAGUGACAGCUAGAGAUAAUUUUGAUAUGCUAAAGGAGAUGGGAUUGAUUAGUUUAACUAUUGGUUACUAUACUGUGUAUGAUGAACAUGCAAUUGAUGAGGAGGUGAAGAGUCUGAUGAAGAAACUGAAGAUGGUAGAGAGUGAAAGAGAUGAUUUACUUGAGGAGAAUACUAAAUUGAAGGAUACAAUAGACACAUUAGGUAUCUCAUAUGAAGGUAGAGAAGUUGAUGAUAGCAAUAAAUCAUCAGAGUCUGAGAAGGAAGAGAGUAAGAAGAAGAUGACAAAAGCAAUGCAAAUGGAAAUAGAUCAUUUACGAUCAUCUCUUCAAAGCAAAACAGGAAUAGAAGAAACGUUAAUUGGAGUAGAGAAAACAUUAAUUGAAAGAGAAAAGGAGAUAGAACAGUUACAGGAAAAGAUAUCAUUAAUGAAUAUACAACAACUGAAAGAAACUUCAAUUACUCUUAGAAAGGAUCAGUCUACACAAUCAAUAGAUCCACCAAAAGGACCAGUUUAUGUAGCUAUUAGAGACUGGCAGGCAAGGGAUAGUACUGAGCUUUCAUUCAAGAAAGGAGAGAAACUUGAGAUCAAGAAAGAGCGUAUCAAUGGAUGGUGGCUAGCAAGAUCAUUAGAUACUGAUCAAGAGGGAUUUGUUCAUAUUAUUGAUAUUAAAAAAGAUGAAGAGAGUGAACUGUCAACAUUGGAAUCACUUGAGCUAUUUCAUUAUGCAAUGACAGAAAAUGUUGACAUACCUAAAAUCAAGGGAAUUAAGACGAGGAGCAACUUUGAGAGAGCAAGUCUCUUUUUAUCAUUAAUUGAACAAAAUUCAGUUCUACUUGAUCAACUUAGAAAAAAAGAACAUGGAAAACCUAAAGCAAUUAGGUGGUAUGAUGAUGGUGUUGAACUGACCUCUCCAUCUCUAAUACAAUGUCAAGAAGUAGUUUCUCUAUUAACAUACAAACAUAAGAGCAUUGUCAUCAAGGACUCAUCUCCUGAUGUUGUGUGUGAUCUGUUGCCAGUUUUAUUACAAAAUGAAAAGGUGAAACUCUUGAGAAUACAAGACACUCAACUAACACAGCACUGCAUCUCAUCCUUAUGUAACUUACUGGCUAAUAAUAAAUCAUUAUUAAAUUUAUAUCUUGUUAACUGUUCCAUUGAUGACAAAGCAGUUGCUGAUAUUACAAACGUAUUACAAACACACAAUAACACACUUUUAGGAUUAGUCUUCUUUAAGAAUCCUUGUAUUACUUCAGUUAGUGCUCAGUCUCUUUCUGAACUAAUUAUCAACAACUCAACAUUAAUUCAAUUACAAAUAACAGACACUUCAAUAUCAUCUGAUGGAAUAUUAAUAAUUCUUCAAUCGUUAACAAUUAAUAAAAGUAUAAAGCUCUAUCUAGAUAUGAAAGACAAAGACACUUGCACAGAAUAUCAUGACUAUAAUAUUAUAAAAGAUAGAGUAAUAUUUUUUGAUUAAUUAAUAAUAAUUGUAUUCUGGUUUUUAUUGACAAUGCUGACUCAUCAAUUAUUUUA